AUGAUAGUGCAAGUAACGUGCAGCAAGUGGACUGUGGCAGCUCUGUUGCUGGUCACUGGCAUUUGUAUACCUUGCAAAGCGCAAGAUAAUCCGUGCGGGGAACAUGGGGAAUGUAUUCCACAGACAAGCUACCAAAUGUCCAACUUGUUUGGAUGUUAUUUCUACGACUUGAUAUAUUACAUGUACGGAGGGUCCUGCAAUAACCAGCCAGGAACUGUUUGUGAUUGCGUUUGCUAUGAUGGUUAUACGAAGGCAGCAGAUGGCAUCUGUGUGGACAUCGACGAAUGUACAGUGGGUGUCCCAACCGGAUUUGGUACAAAUAAACCAGCCUGCGAAGAAGGUGGAAAUUGUAUUAACACAGAAGGAGGUUUCACAUGUUUCCCUGAUCCAGACGAGUGUUCCUUGGGUACAGACAACUGUGCAGAAAAUGCCACAUGUACAAAUACUGUUGGCAGUUUCAGUUGUUCAUGUUUACCUGGCUUCACUGGUGAUGGCACAACAUGUGCUAAUUCAGACGAGUGUUCCUUGGGUACAGACAACUGUGCAGAAAAUGCCACAUGUACAGAUACUGUUGGCAGUUUCAGUUGUUCUUGUUUAGCUGGCUACACUGGUGAUGGUACAACAUGUGCUAAUUUGGACGAGUGUUCCUUGGGUACAGACAAUUGUGCAGAAACUGCCACAUGUACAGACACUGUUGGCAGUUUCAGUUGUUCUUGUCUGCCUGGAUUCAGUGGUGAUGGCACAACAUGUACUAAUUUGGACGAGUGUUCCUUGGGUGCAGACAAUUGUGCAGAAAAUGCCACAUGUACAGACACUGUUGGCAGUUUCAGUUGUUCUUGCUUAUCUGGCUUCACUGGUGAUGGUACUACAUGUACUGAUUUGGACGAGUGCUCUUUGGGUACUGACAACUGUGCAGAAAACGCCACAUGUACAGAUACAGUUGGCAGUUUCAGUUGUUCUUGUUUAGCUGGCUUCACUGGUGAUGGCACAACAUGUGCUAAUUUGGACGAGUGUUCCUUGGGUACUGACAACUGUGCAGAAACUGCCACAUGUACAGAUACUGUUGGCAGUUUCAGUUGUUCUUGUUUAGCUGGCUACACUGGUGAUGGUACAACAUGUACUGAUUUGGACGAGUGCUCUUUGGGUACUGACAACUGUGCAGAAAACGCCACAUGUACAGAUACAGUUGGCAGUUUCAGUUGUUCUUGUUUAGCUGGCUUCACUGGUGAUGGCACAACAUGUGCUAAUUUGGACGAGUGUUCCUUGGGUACUGACAACUGUGCAGAAACUGCCACAUGUACAGAUACUGUUGGCAGUUUCAGUUGUUCUUGUUUAGCUGGCUACACUGGUGAUGGUACAACAUGUACUGAUUUGGACGAGUGCUCUUUGGGUACUGACAACUGUGCAGAAAACGCCACAUGUACAGAUACAGUUGGCAGUUUCAGUUGUUCUUGUUUAGCUGGCUUCACUGGUGAUGGCACAACAUGUGCUAAUUUGGACGAGUGUUCCUUGGGUACUGACAACUGUGCAGAAACUGCCACAUGUACAGAUACUGUUGGCAGUUUCAGUUGUUCUUGUUUAGCUGGCUACACUGGUGAUGGUACAACAUGUACUGAUUUGGACGAGUGCUCUUUGGGUACUGACAACUGUGCAGAAAACGCCACAUGUACAGAUACAGUUGGCAGUUUCAGUUGUUCUUGUUUAGCUGGCUUCACUGGUGAUGGCACAACAUGUGCUAAUUUGGACGAGUGUUCCUUGGGUACUGACAACUGUGCAGAAACUGCCACAUGUACAGAUACUGUUGGCAGUUUCAGUUGUUCUUGUUUAGCUGGCUACACUGGUGAUGGUACAACAUGUACUGAUUUGGACGAGUGCUCUUUGGGUACUGACAACUGUGCAGAAAACGCCACAUGUACAGAUACAGUUGGCAGUUUCAGUUGUUCUUGUUUAGCUGGCUUCAGUGGUGAUGGUACAACAUGUAAUAAUUUGGACGAGUGUUCCUUGGGUGCAGACAAUUGUGCAGAAAAUGCCACAUGUACAGACACUGUUGGCAGUUUCAGUUGUUCUUGCUUAGCUGGCUUCACUGGUGAUGGCACAACAUGUAAUAAUUUGGACGAGUGUUCUUUGGGUACAGACAACUGUGCAGAAAAUGCCACAUGUACAGACACUGUUGGCAGUUUCAGUUGUUCUUGUCUGCCUGGAUUCACUGGUGAUGGCACAACAUGUGAUGAUUUGGACGAGUGUUCCUUGAAUACAGACAACUGUGCAGAAAAUGCCACAUGUACAAACACUGUAGGCAGUUUCAGUUGUUCUUGUUUACCUGGCUUUAGCGGAAAUGGCACAGAAUGUAUUCAAGUUUUAUCCUGCACGGACGGUCCACCUGGAACUGAACUCUGGAAGAUAUCAAAUGACGGAAGCAAAUGUUUUCAAUUCUUUAGUGGCCCACUUAACUACAACGAUGCCAAGACACAAUGCCCUACAAUUGUUAAUGGAAGUACACUGGCAAUUGUAUUGAGUGCCGAAGAAACUGAUGACAUUGAAUCUAUUAUCCCAGCUGAUGCUGCACUGGAGUUAUCGUGGAUUGGUUUGGAGCAGCAGUCACCCCCUGGUACAUGGGAGUGGUUGGACGGCACCCCGGCUACGGGAUACGUGAAUUGGAAUGGUAACGAUGGCGGACAGGCACCCAAGAAAGCUAACAAAAACUGUGGUGCUGUGAACACUAGAUCAACUCCUUUUAAGUGGCUAGACGAAGAAUGUUCCGAACUUGGACAGUAUAUUUGCCAGGUUAUCAUCUAA